CUCCUGCAGCAGUCAUGCCAGUUCCCAAAAUCCAGAUAAGGCAACUGUAACCAGAUCUUUUCAGAGACCUUAACCUGUGAUCACCUCGGCCGGUUGUCAGGGACAGCUGCCAUCCCAAGUUCAGCACAACCCUAAUUUAAAAAUCUAUCACACCUAAGACGUAUUCGAGUCACUUUCUUCGGAGCUGGAUUGCACCGAGCCUAGAAGUUCGUUCGCUUUCUUAAAUAGGUACUUAGUCAAUCUUGGAACCAAGCCUUGGUGUCUUCGUCGCCUUCCUAUACGACUUCAUUCCCUUCGGUAGCCUUUAUUAUCCCCGCGGCCCACCGAUCUCGACUAUCAUCAUGCCUCCUCCGUGCGAGCAAGAGCUAUGCACCGCUAAUCCCAGUGAAGGCACGCACGUUAUUGGUAUCAUGUUGGAUGGUUUAAAGAAAGUCGCGGUCCACGCGCACUUACUUGCUCACCAUUCCAUGUGUUUCCGGGAGCUAAACAACCAAGCCAGCCGGGAAUAUUUCUGCGUGGAUUUCUGUCCAUAUGCCACCGACCAGACUGUUUGCUUCUUCGUCCGAUGGAUCUAUGGAAGAAGUCUCGGCCCCUACAAUCUCAACGAGGGUCUACGAAAACUAUGCCGUGGUGAGCAAUAUGAAACCUUGAUAAGGUCUUUGCUCUUCGGUGAAAAGAUAGAAGCCACAGAGUUCCAGAGGGAUAUCAUGCGAUGCAUUACGGAAGACAUUGACUGUGUCGAUCUGGCGGUAUCAGUUGAUAUAUGGAUUGACAUAGAGGUGAUGGCUCCUAGCAGUAGAUUGCGUCCCUUCCUAGUCGACAUGUGCUGCGCAAAGCUUCGUGGCAACGAUGCAGAUCGUGUGGAUGUGUUUUUAAAAGAUCUUCCACGAAGUAUGCUAGAAGAUAUCUCUCAGCGCAUGAUCACUGGGCCUUGCAGACCUCGAAUGGAUAUGGAUUUCAGUAAGUACCUGAAGUAGAAGGUGACAUAUUUGGGACUAGAUAUUUAGCAAGACGUUUCUCGUUGCCUUAUAUAGUUGAUCGUCUAAAAAUCUAAAAUGCUAC